AUGACAAAGAGUGAAACCAUGUUGGUUUUUACCAUAUUGAUGUUAAUAGUGAAUUGUGAUGGAGCUAACGAGUAUGACUACUUGCAGGUCGUAAUUCAAUGGCAACCAACAACAUGUAGUGAUCGGAAUAAGCCAGAAUGGUAUCAAGACCCAAGUAAUAGAUUCAGUAUCCAUGGUGUGUGGCCAAGCCUAUACAAUGGCCGCCCUAUACAAUGUGUUGGCAGCCCCUUUGAUGUGAAGUUGGUGAACAUAGUCCAACCAGGAUUGGGUGAAAUGUGGCCAAAUGUUGCGACAGGGGACAACAUAUGGCUAUGGAGACACGAGUGGGAUAUUUCAACGCACAUCAUCUAAGUACAAACCUUCUA